ACGUACGUACGGGAUCCAGAACGGAUAUCACCCACCCGACAGUUCACUGUUCGGUUGGUACGUAAUCCACAUGACUCAUAGGGUGGAUUAUCGAUUCUUGUGUUCUGCAUUAAACUAUUUAUAGUUUAAGGGCCUGUUAGUUGCAGCAUUGGCAUUGCUUGUUCUGGUGGUUGUGGUUCAACUUUUUUUAAAAAAAAAAAAAAAAUUUCUUCCAAAUGCUUCUCUUCUUGAUCACUUCCUUCACCUUCAUCACCAUUUUUUACAAGUCACUGUGCUUCCAAUUCAAGGCAGUUCCUGCCACAUGGGCAGCUGAGUUCAGAUUGCUGUCCUUGUGUUUCUGGGAUGGUUUCCAUUUCUCCCUGCCCGCCCUGACACCUCCCGGAACGCCGCCGCCGCCGCUUCCCAGGAUCAAACCCCCCGAGGAAGAACAGGGGACGGCGCUGUCGGUCCUGGAUUUGCCUGAUUUGGUGUUGGAGUGCAUUCUCGAGAAGCUCCCGCCGGAGGGCCUGCGUGUCCUGGGCAGUGUGUGUAGGUCCUUGAGGGAGAGAUGCACAAGUGACCGUUUGUGGGGAAGGCACUUGGAGCAGAAAUGGGGGAGGGUCAUUGGCCCUGCUGCCCACAGGGCAUGGCAGUGCCAUAUCUCUUCUUCUUCUUCCUCCUCCUCCAGGUUUUUCAACCAAGGCCAUCACAAGGGAUUUUUGGGUUACCUCUCCAGGUUUUUGCCCAUUUCUGGGAUUCUUGGGUACAGGUGGAGGAGAAGAAGCCAUUUGCAGCCUGUUGAGUGUUCCUCUGUCAUGUCCUGGUAUCUUGCUCUUGAAUCCGGCAAGUUUUGGUUCCCUGCUCAAGUUUACAACCGCGAGAAUGGGCAUGUUGGGUUUAUGAUGUCUUGCUAUGAUGCUGAAAUUAGCUAUGAUCCCUAGACUGACACUUUCCAGGCCAGGUAUCCACCACAUGGGAGGAUGGCAGUGGCAGUAGAGAGUGGGGUGGCAUGGGAAAGAAUAAGAGCUCCUCCAAUUGAUACCUCCCCACACCAUCUCCACAUAUCUGAUUGCUUGAAUGAUUUGAGCCCUGGUGAUCACAUUGAAAUCCAGUGGAGAAGAAACAAAAAAUUUCCCUAUGGGUGGUGGUAUGGCAUUGUUGGCCACUUGGAAACAUGUGAUGGGAUUCCCAGCUUCUGUCGCUGUAAUGAAAGUGAUAGCGUGGCGUUAGAUUUCAACCAAUACUCUGCAGGAUCGCGGUGGAGAAGAACAACUGUUAGUAGAAAAGAGCACCGCGAGGAGGGAAACGAAGCAGACGGGUUCUACGGAGGGAUCAACAAACUUUGCACUGCUGAUGACAUUUCUGCCUGGAAAAAGCUAUGGCCAUCUCAAGUCUUGGAAUAGAAUCAGAUUUUCAUGCCAUUUUUUUCAAAUAAUAAGAACAAUAGUUGGGUAGGUGAUUCUACUUUAGGGAUGGAGUUUCAGUACUUCACCUCAUAUAGGAAUUGCAUCCUCUGUACAGAUUUAUGGAAGUGAUGAUGAUGGGCUAAUUGGAUAAAUUAAUGGGUACCUG